AUGUCGCAUAAACUUUGGUCACCGCCUUCGGGCGUUACUACGAAUAUUGAUGAGUUUCGAGAGAUUAUUAUGAAUAAAUAUCAAGUGAAAUUAGAAUCUUAUUGGGAUUUAUACGAAUGGUCAAUAAAUAAUAUUGCGAAGUUUUGGGAAACAUUCUGGGCCUAUAGUGAUGUUAUCCAUUCUACACCUUUUGAACAAGUAUUAGAAGAGAAUAAGAGAAUGGAUGAAAUUCCACGUUGGUUUGUUGGUGCACGUUUGAACUAUGCUGAGAAUCUUCUUCGUUGCAAAGAUGAUCGAGUGGCCAUUUAUUCGUGCAAUAAAAGAAGGUUCUUAUGCGAGGGUGACGCGUCGAUUAAGAAGUUGACAUUUGCUCAACUGAAUGAACAAGUUCGUCGUUAUCGGGCUGCACUUCAACAUAUCGGUGUAACAGUCGGUGAUCGUGUUGCAGUUUAUCUUCCAAAUUGUCCUGAAGCACUGAUCAUCUGUUUGGCAACAGCUAGUCUUGGUGCAAUCUUUAGUGCUGCAUCAGCAGAUUUUGGCGUUCUAGGUGUUACAGAACGUUUCAGUCAGAUCGAGCCCAAAGUUAUCUUCGGAUGCAAUGCUGUUGUUUACAAUCGAAAAACACAUGACUCAUUAGCUAAACUUCAAGAUAGUGUUCUCGCAUUACCAUCACUACGAUUUGUCGUCGUCAUUCCAUUUGUACACGAUUAUUCCAUGGAUCUCAGCACCAUCCCGAACAGUAUUACAAUUGAUGAUUUUCUUUCGUUGCCUGGUGAUGCUACAGGACCAUUAGAAUUCGAACAAGUACCAUUCAAUCAUCCUUUAUUUAUUAUAAGUAUCUUUUUUAUAAUGUUCGACUUAUUCUGA